UUGAUCACUUGCACCAAGUGAAAUACCCCACAGUGGGGUAGUGAACUCGAACUCAUCCGAAAUUUUACUUAGCUGCAAUUUGACUAACUCUUAAAGCUUUGAGGACUUUUGUUUACUUUGAAGUUUGACAUUUUCUGUGACAUGAAGCCAGCCUUGGCUCUGCUGAGCCUUCUCCUUGUGGUGGAGAGCACUUCUGCAGCAGAGGAGUCCUGCGUUGGUCUCUGUGGCUCUUUUGACCCGGAGAGGAAAUGUCAGUGUGACUCAAUGUGUGUGUAUUACUCAAGUUGUUGUGGGGAUUUUUCCAAUAUCUGCGCCAAAAAAGUUACUAGAGGAGAUGUCUUUGGAAGUGUAGAAAACACAACCGCUAUCGUAACGCCGAACGUAAGCUCUGCAGCUCCAACAGUGCAGUCCUCCUCAGCUCCUCAACCCACCAGCACAUUUGGCCCCACAGCUCACACUGACCCUGAUGCAGCACCUUGCAGCGGACGGCCCUUUGAUGCUUUUCUGCAGUUGAAGAACGGCUCCAUCUACGCAUUUCGAGGUGAUUACUUUUUUGAGUUGGAUGAUGAUUCCAUACUUCCUGGUUAUCCCAAACUUAUCCAAGAUGCAUGGGGAAUCUCUGGGCCCAUCAGUGCUGCGUUCACACGCAUCAACUGCCAAGGAAAAUCCUACAUCUUCAAGGGAAGCAGGUAUUGGAGAUACAAUGGGAAUGUCUUGGAUGAGGGUUUCCCGCGAGACAUUUCUGAGGGCUUUCAAGACAUUCCUAAUGACAUUGAUGCCGCGUUUACCGUGCCGGCACCAAAUCACCGUGGAAAGGAGAAGGCCUACUUUUUCAAAGGGGAUAAAUAUUAUAAGUAUGAGUUCAAGCACCAACCAUCGCAUGAGGAGUGCGUGCAAAUGACCAAAGCUUCUCCAUCUGUGCUCUUCACACAAUACACUGACCUGUUCUGUGAUCAGACAGCAGAAGAUCUCUUCACAGGCCUUUUUGGAAGUUCCUUUGACAGUCAGCGCACUAAUCCCCGCUUCAUCAGUGGAGACUGGCAUGGGAUCCGACCUCCUGUAGAUGCUGCCGUGGUAGGGCGAGUUCACCUCAGUGUCAAGCCAACAGCAUCUCCUCCAAGGAGGGGGAGCAGCCGUAGGAGGGGAUCCAGCAGAAGACGGGGCCCACAUCGGAGAAGACUAAGUCACAGAUGGUUUGGAGAUUUGUGGAAUGACGAUGACUUUGCUUUUAGCAUGGAUGAAAGCGACUUCACUGAUCAAAGCACCACAACCGACAACAGACAGAUUCCUGUUCAAAAUGUGUACUUCUUUAAAAAAGAUAAAUACUAUAGAGUGGGACUUCGUUCAAAGCGUGUGGAUUUUGCCAACCCUCCUUACCCUCGAUCCAUUGCAAAAUAUUGGCUGGGCUGCAAAGAGGAAGAGAUGCCUGAUAGUUCCAGGGCAGAGAAGAAAUAAGUCAACCAAUAUACAAACAUUCCCUGUUCUUUAGUAAACUUUACUUUUUAAUUCUUCUAUUUCUUUAUCUUGGAAUCACCCUAAAACCAUAAACAGACACAAUAACUUUUUUGUAGACUGAGGUGCUUUAAAAUAUAUUAGAUAGCAUUGUUGUGAAUCCUUUUUUAACUGCCCUGUGCAUCUACAUGCAUGCUUAACUUACUAUUCUAAACCAUGAAACUUACAUUUCCUGUAAAUUUAACACACAUGUAGUCACAGAUUUUGCUAAGCAUUUAAAGUAAUAAAACAAAUGUUCUGAAAACUGACAAAAGUACAUCCGAACAAACUACACUUCUGUCCUCCAGUGAGAAAGUCUUAUACCUGCAGCGCAUAUCUACUAUUUCCACAGGUAACAUGGUCAUUUCUUAAAAGACUGCGCCCUCUGUUGGUCAAUCGUUUAAAGACAAGCACAAAAUGCAAAACAGGAAGAAUGUCGGCUUUGGCUCUUUCGUAUGAGGUUCCAUUUGUGCCAAACAUAUGAAAAUAUGUUUGACACGAUUUUACUGUAUGAUUCACAAUCCACUUUAAUGUUUGCUGACCGAGUUCAGGCAAUAUGUGUAAAUAUUUGAUCCCAAAUUUAAUCUAUAUUAGACUAUUAACGUACUAAAUGCACAUUUACUUUUUGUUACCUUGCAAGCCUUAGUUCAUAAUUAAAUUGUUUGGGGUUUUAUGUGGAUGUGUGUGUGUUAAACAAUGAUACUCUUUUAGUUAAAAAAAACCCUGUGGUUUCCACCCUCCCCUAAAUAUAAAAAGUGACGUAACAACCUA